AUGCAUGAAGAAAUUCAAGCACAACAGCAAAUUGAUAAUGUAUGUGACUUACAAUUAGGAUUUUUAAAAAAAAAAGGUAUUGAUCGUGGUCGAUAUAAUAUACAAAGAGUGAAUAAAGUAGCAGCUGUUUUCUCUACUACUGCAGAUGGAGAAAUUCGAGAAACAUUUGUUACGAUUUAUAAUAAAAGUGAUAAAACAUUACAACAAGUCAAUACGAUGGAUCCUAAUGUAGAACCAUGGAUUUAUCCAUUGUAUUAUCCGUAUGGUAAUCAAGGAUCACCGCGUAAUAUGUUGCAACAUUAUCAAGAUGCGAUGGCUAUUGUUAGAAAAUAUGAAAAACCGGAUCUUUUUAUUACCAUGACUUGUAAUCCAAAUUGGCGUGAAAUUAGAGAAAAUCUACUUCCAAAUCAACAACCUGCAGAUAGACCAGAUAUAUGUGCUCAAUUUCAAAAACGUGGAUUGCCACACAUACAUUUGUUGGUUACUUUGAAACAAAAUUAUAAGAUAUUGAAUCCUGAAGCAGUUGAUAAAUUUAUUUCAGCAGAAAUUCCGAAUCCUGAUAAAAAUGCAAAUUUACACAAUGUAGUAAUGAAACAUAUGAUUCAUGGGCCAUGUGGAGUUUGGUGUUUAAUAAACAACAAAUGUUCGAAACAUUUUCCAAAACAGUUUCAAUCUGAAACGAUCAUGGAUGAAGAUGGUUAUCCACAAUAUCGUCGACGAAAUGAUGAAUUGUUUUACGAAAGACCUGGACGAUAUAUUGUUAAUAAUCGAUAUGUCGUUCCGUAUAAUCUAACGCUUUUACUUUUAUUUAAUAGUCAUAUUAAUGUGGAAAUAGUUUCGAGUAUACGAUCUGUAAAAUAUUUGUAUAAAUAUAUUUAUAAAGGUCACGACGCUGCAUCUGUAAUUAUUGGAGAAAAUAUAGAUAAAACGAUAAUUCAUGAUGAAAUUCGAGAUUUUAUCGAAGCUCGUUAUGUGGGACCUGUGGAAGCAUGUUGGCGUAUUUUAAGAAAACCUUUACAAGAAAAGAGUCACGCUAUUUUUCGUUUACCGGUACAUUUGCCAAAUGAACAUAGUGUAAUCAUUGAUGAGAAUAUAAAUAAUGGUGCGAUAAGAUCGGCUGUAGAACGAAUGACAAUGUUGUUGGAUUAUUUUGAAUUAAAUACUCGAGAUGACGAAGCGAAACAAUAUUUAUAUAGUGAUAUUCCAUCUCAUUAUGUAUUUAAAAAAGUAACAAUUAAUGGUAAAACCAUUAAUUGUUGGGAAAAACGUCAAAGAUAUUUUAAUUGUAUCGGUCGAAUGUAUUCCGUUAGUCCAUCCCAGAUAGAAUUAUUCCAUUUACGUAUACUUUUACUACAUGUUAAAGGAGCGAAGAAUUUUCAAGAACUGAGGACAGUUAACAAUGAAGUACAUCAAACCUUCACCGCUGCAUGUUUAGCAUUAGGACUCAUAGAAGAUGAUAACGAAUGGUAUCGCGCAAUGAAUGAAGCUAAAGUUUGGAUGAUGCCAAGACGACUUCGUAAUUUAUUCGUUCGAAUUUUAAUUCAUUGUCAGCCAGUUUAUCCAAAGAAAUUAUGGGAUGAGUUUAAAAGGGAUAUGUCGGAAGAUUAUCUAAGACGAUACGGACUUACAAUGGGAAUAAAAAAAACCUAUGAUUAUAUUGUUAAUUUACUUCAAAAGGAGGGAUCGAGUAUAACUAAUUUUUUGAAAUGGAGCAAGUAA